CGAGCUUAGCUGUAGGCUCGGCGUGAUCUCAAGCUCAGAUCGACCUCGGCUCGGAAUGGUAUCGAACUCAGCUUGACUGCUUGAGGUGGCAGGCUCGCUGAAGCUCGGCUCAUAGACAGCCCCCUCCCCCUCACGGUCACGGCUGCUCAGGGCCUCAGGCUCUCUCUGACGGCGACUCUGUCUUCCUUCCCUGGCGGCGACCACUCGGCGAGCGGCGGCGCCAUUCGUCACGUCUUGGCCCAGCCCUUUGCCGGCGAUGAGCAUCCACCAGGAUGUUCUUGCACCAGCAAGAGCCUGAUUAGCACGCCCAGCUUCAGAACAAGGUCAGCAGACUAGCAGAAUGGAGGAUAAGGAUAAAUCAGACGGGUGGGAUGAGGAUUCGGAAGAAGCUGAUGAGUUGGCGUGUGCGCACAAAGCUGGGGCAAAAGUGAAAAGAAGCCCAGAUUCUCAAUACUUGGACAUGGUUUUGUUCCAUAUGAUGUAAAGACAGAAAUCUUGCAUAUUGCGGGGUACAAAGGUUCAUCUGGAGCUCCAUCAACUAAAGUUUCACAAACUAUGGUGGCUGAACGGUUGGAAAAUAUCGAGGAAGAAUCUGAAGAUUUGGCACCGGAGUUUCACCUUCCAACCAAGAAUGCAAAUACUUCAGUUUCAGAGCUACUGGAAGAUUUACAGGGUAGAAGUGGCUCUUCUGUGAGGAAACCAUCUGUGUUGCACCAACACAUGCUGAAUAUCAGGGAGCAAGAAGUUUCCUCUAGGGUGCCACCAGGUAAAGUUUCACAAGCUUUGAUGGCUGAACUUUUUGGAAAUAUCAAGGAAGAAUCUGAAGAUCUGCCAUCGGAGGUUACCCGUCCGGCGAAGAUAGCAAAUCUUUCAGUUGCUGAGCUUCUAGAAGAUCUACAGGGUAGAAGUAGCUCUUCUGUUGGGACAGCAUUGUUGCACCAACACACGAGAUAUAAAGAUUGGAAGCCAAAACCCCUCAGUUCCGAGAAGAAAACACUAGCUAUUUUAGGAGAGAGGAGUAUUGACAGUGAGGAUCCCUUGGAGCAUAUAAUUGAUGGAACAUCUAGCGAAGAGGAAGGUGUUACUGAAAACCACUUGACUUUGGUGAACAAAGAUGUGAAGCAGCAAACAAUGGCUGACCUCUUCCAAGAAGUUUUCAAUCCAACAAACACGGAGGUUGCCAUGCUUCCCCUGAUAUCAACAGGAGCUGGUUAUCAUGGAAGAAUGCAACAGAUUAUGCAGAUGGAAAAGGAUAGGCAUGCAGAGUUCUUGAGACAGUUUAAUAUAGAGCAAGGUUGUUUAGGUGGUGCUACAUUAGUUGUUAUGAAACUUGAAACAUAUAUGAUUUUACUAGUGAUAGCGGUUGGUACCACUUGUGAUUCAAAGGGAAUUACUGUUCAGAUUUUGUCAAGGUCGUUGGAAGGAAAGCUAACAGUCUGCUGCUGCUUGUUCCAGGAAAAGAGCAAUUCUACCAUUAGAAGUGACGCCACAACAGACCAUGCUAUGAAUGAGAGCAGAACUAAGAGGACCAUUAUUUUCAGUCCAAAGAUAUGUGAUAAUGUGGAUCUUCUGGUAGGAAACAUAAUCCGCAUCUUCCCACCAUGGAAGGAAGUGAAAUUACAAGAUGAAGACGUGAUGCUGUGCACCUACUUCUCACAUCAUGGGACAUGAUUGUGGAGUUUCUACUCUUCUGCAAGCUAAAUAACACCAAAGAAACUGCAUGGCCUGCCGAUUGCUAGGAACCAUUAGGUGUUGCUGUACUAGGAGAUUCGUCCAAUCGUGUAGUAUACAAUACAAUCUGUUGGUAUUGUCUUGUAGAGCAUGAUGUAGAGCAUAGACGCUGAUGUUGUUCUCACUCUGGCAGAGCCUGUUUCUGGAUGUCUUUCCUUAAUCCUGCUGAAUGCUGAUACAGUAGUAACUAAUGAACCCAGUUACCCA